AGUUUCAAUCCUAGUAUUGAUGAGCAGAGUAUAACAAUGGUCCAGAAAGAAAUAGGCAACGCCAUAAUAGAAUAUCAGAAAUUCAGCAGAACUGUUCGAAUGAAACAUGAGCAUGUACCAGCCGGAACGAUGAGAAGUAUCCAAGAAAUUAUUAAUGACGAGAGACGUUUGUCAGCCAGUAUUGUUGCAGCAGUGUCCAAACAACUUGUCGACUACCUUCGUUUAUUACACGAGUCUUUUAUUGCGAUAGACCAGCUAUGUGAGACAAAUAUUUACAUUGAAGUAAAUAAGACAAAGGUUAACAAACCAGUUGUUGUUGUUAUUGAUGCAAAACAAUCGAUUGCUGCCGACGAAAGAGCUUUACAGGAAAACAUCUUCCAAUUUGGAAACCUUCUACGAAAACUUGUUUCAAAAUUUGGAAAAGGUUUCAAAUAAAUUGUGUACAAACGUAUAGCAAACCAAAAUGCAUUUUGGGUCUGUUACUUA